AAAAAAGUCUCGGUCGGCCGCACAACCUCGUCCAUCGCAGCAGUCUUGAUUCCCCGUUCAGUUUUUUCGACCGCGACGCAAAGACCGACCUCUGUGCAAGUUAAUUUUCAGUGAAAAGUGUUCAAAAUGGUCUCGCUAAAUCCGGUUCGAAUCCUGAAGAAUGAAGCCGAAGAGGAGAAGGGCGAAAUCGCCCGGCUGUCCUCGUUUGUGGGGGCCAUCGCGAUCGGCGACCUGGUCAAGAGCACACUCGGCCCGAAGGGAAUGGACAAGAUUCUGGUGGCGCACGGCCGCAGCGCCGGCCAGGUUGAGGUCACCAACGACGGGGCGACGAUUCUGAAGGCGGUCGGCGUGGACAAUCCGGCGGCGAAGAUUCUCGUGGACAUGAGUCGCGUCCAGGAUGAUGAGGUUGGCGAUGGAACGACUUCCGUGACGGUGCUGGCGUCGGAGUUGCUGCGCGAGGCCGAGAAGCUGAUCGAGCAAAAGUUGCACCCGCAGACGAUCAUCGCCGGGUGGAGAGCGGCCACGCAGGCGGCCCGUUCGGCGCUGAUUGCCGCGGCCCAGGACAACUCCAAGGAUGCGGACAGGUUCCGGGAGGAUUUGAUGAACAUUGCCCGGACGACGCUCAGCUCGAAGAUUCUGUCCCAGCACAAGGAGUACUUUGCCAAGCUGGCCGUCGACGCCGUGAUGCGGUUGAAGGGAUCCGGGGAAUUGACCGCGAUUCAGCGCAUCAAGAAGACCGGCGGUUGCUUGGAGGAUUCGUUCCUGGACGAGGGUUUCCUGCUGGACAAGAAGCCCGGUGUGCACCAGCCGAAGCGCAUCGAGAACGCAAAGAUCUUGAUUGCCAACACGCCGAUGGACACGGACAAGAUCAAGGUGUUUGGGUCGAGCAUCAAGGUGGACUCGAUGGCGAAGAUCGCCGAACUGGAGGUCGCCGAGAAGGAGAAGAUGAAGGACAAGGUGAACCGCAUCCUGGGCCACAACUGCAACGUGUUUAUCAACCGUCAGCUGAUCUACAACUACCCGGAGCAGCUGUUUGCCGACGCCGGAGUGAUGGCCAUCGAGCAUGCCGAUUUCGACGGAAUCGAACGGUUGGCGCUGGUGACGGGAGGUGAAAUCGUGUCGACCUUCGACAACCCGGACCAGGUUCGUCUCGGUCGUUGCGAUCUGAUCGAGCAGGUCAUGAUCGGUGAGGACACGCUGCUGCGCUUCAGCGGAGUUCCCCUCGGAGAGGCCUGUACCGUCGUGAUCCGUGGGGCAACCCAGCAGAUCAUCGACGAGGCGGAUCGUUCGCUGCACGACGCCCUGUGCGUGCUGGCCGCUACCGUCAAAGAGGCCCGUAUCGUGUACGGCGGAGGUUGCUCCGAAACGCUGAUGGCAUCUGCCGUGUUCAAACUGGCCGCGGAAACCCCAGGCAAGGAAUCGAUGGCAAUGGAAGCGUUCGGACGCGCUCUGCUCCAGCUGCCGAUCACGAUCGCCGACAACGCCGGGUACGAUUCGGCCCAGCUCAUCUCGGAACUGCGUGCCGGUCACGCCCAGGGCAAGAACACGCUCGGCCUCAACAUGUACGAGGGCAAGGUCGGCUGCAUGAAGGAGCUCGGCAUCACGGAAUCGUUCGCCGUCAAGCGACAGGUGCUGCUGUCCGCGUCGGAAGCCGCCGAAAUGAUCCUGCGCGUGGACAACAUCAUCAAGUGCGCCCCGCGUAAGCGCGUCCCGGACCGUGGCUACUGCUAAACGACUUCAUAAUUUACUCUAAUCUUUCCUCUCAGUAAAACAAGCAAAAAACACACAAUUGUAACAACCAACUUAGCUGUUUAGGGCCUUUGUCGAGCAAAGAUUUUCCGAGUUUUUUUUUUUAAACACACAUUUUUUCGCCUUAUCAUAACACACAAACCCACACUCAUACGCUAUCUACUCGUGCACGUGUCUAAUCCUGUAUGCUUUAAGCUGAGAACGCGCCGAACCCCACACUAAUGAUAUGUAAUACAUAUGAUGAUGCCAGGAAACAUCGGAAGAAAGCACUAACGAAAUGUUUGAUUAUUAUUUUUUCCUCUCCAGGAUGGAACCAAAUAAAGGUCUCACUCACUCAUACUUACCAGUAAAGUUGCGUGAA